UGGAGGAAAGAACAGCUCCUCUCCUCUCUCCCUUGCUGUACUUCAUCCAUCUCUUUUCUUUUGUAGAGUGAAUGUUGAAGAAGGACCUGCCUUUAUCAUUUCAUUAAAAUAAUCAUAAUAAUAAUAAUCUUGUCAUUCCAGUGAGAAAGGAGAAAGGAAAGGGAUGAGGAUUUCUACGGGACACCCUCUCUCUCCCCACCCUGCACCCCCUCCCUCGAUCACGUCAUCUCCCAGAAAGGUGGGCGUCAGUGCCAAUGAUGUAAUAGUCCCUGGACUGAACGCAUGGCUGAAAGGCGAAAGGCAUCAUGGGAGGGAACGAGAGAACCCACACAGGAGUAAAAACCCAUCCAUCCAUCCAUUUUCUAUACCGCUUCAUCCUCAUUAGGGUCGCAGGGGCAUGCUGGAGCCUAUCCCAGCUGACUUCGGGCGACAGGCGGGGUACACCCUGGACUGGUCGCCAGCCAAUCGUAGGGCACAUAUAGACAAACAACCAUUCACACUCACAUUCAUACCUAUGGACAAUUUAGAGUCGCCAAUUAACCUAACAUGCAUGUUUUUGGAAUGUGGGAGGAAGCCGGAGUGCCCGGAGAAAACCCACGCGCACACGGGGAGAACAUGCAAACUCCACACAGAAAUGCCCAGAAUCGAACCCAGGUCUUCCCGAUCUCCGGGCUGUUCCUGUAUUGGCCAACGUGCUAACCACUAGACCACCGUGCGGCCUGGAGUAAAAACCACCCAGAAUAAAAAAACCUCCUUGCUGCGGCUAAACUACCACACAUGCUGUUGAAAGUAAGUACAAUCAACCUUCAAAUUAUGCAUUAUGUUGAAUAUACAGACAUAAAUAUCAUUCGCAAGUCUGUUACAUUGCUACGACAUGUCAUUAUUUACGGAGCUCGUUGUAUUCGAAAGCCAGCAGUACGACGCCACAUACACCGCACAGACAGGUGGAAUUUAAAAGUUGCUCCACCACACCACCUUGUGGUUGACUUGAGUACAGUACGUUAACUUCGAUAUAUGUUACAGCCUAUGCUUCAAAUCAUUGGAAAGAUUUUUUUGUGCUUCUAUUUUUUUUGUGAAGUAUACCUAUUAUUGUUUUUCAUAUAGUACUCCAUCAGUGACAGUGGAAAAUAAAAUAUAGACAAAUAUACAAUAUAAAAAUAAAAUAAAUAAAUAUAGGUGUUUUGUAUGACAUCAAUUAGUUCAUGAAUAAAAUAUAUUUAAAAAAAUAACCAUCUCUCCUAUGUUAGCUGUCCCUGUCGCACACAAACAGAGAGUGGUGUUAAUUGAUGACCAUGCUGCUAGAGGCGAUUACCACCUGCUGACCUUGCACAGAUCAAAAGAGGAAGUGUUGACUUAAUGUCUUUGCCUUAACUGGGUCAAGUCACCACAUGGGGGAGGAAGAGGACUACUGUCAUAGGGCCCAAAAAUGAUCCAUUUAUCUUUUAAUUGUCGUUCAUUUUUUGCUGAUUGGGAGAAUUCAUGCGAUUCUACUGGCUGGUGGACAUGAAUACAUAAAUACAUAGUGGAGACAAUUUGGAAGAAUUGAAUGAAUGAAAGGGAAGAUAUCCAGACUAUGCAUUUCUAUUUGUACUACUGUAAUAUUUUAGAAUAUUAAUGUGUACACAGUUUCUUUUUCUCUUCUGCCAAGAUGCUAGUACUUUUGUCCAGUUUACAAGUUAAUUGUGAACCUGCCAGUUCAUCCAAGAGCUUCAAAGAGGAUUAGCGUAGCUGCUGCUUGGCUUAGUUACCUCCAAUGAGGAUGAGGACGUAGGAGGGCAGUCCACCAUCUGUCCGCCAAGUGGUCACUUCACUGCUGCUGUCAAUGGAGGCCAGUCUGGAGCUGGACGUCUUGAUUUACCCCAACGAGGUGAGGAUCGCCACCCCCGAGGACCUCCGAGAGUGGGAGCUGGAAACAGCCAGUCAGGUGUCUCUACCUGCCUGCCCUCGACUCUUUGUGGCGCUCUAUCCUUACAACCCCGCGGCCAUGUCGCCUAACCCUGACACUGCGGCCGAGGAGCUGCCUUUCGUGCCCGGACAGAUCAUCAAGGUGUUUGGAGACAAAGACUGCGACGGCUUCUAUCACGGAGAAUCGGGCGGCCUCUCGGGCUACGUGCCGAGUAACAUGGUGGCCGAAAUCCCCGUGGAUGACGAGUAUCUCAAGCAUUUACUCAUGCAGCAGGGCUUCAUCCCUGUCGAUCAAACAGGAAUGUCUUUGACCCCUGAUGUGAGCGAGGUGUCCAGUGUUCCUGAAGGCGUGAUUGUACGCAGAAUGGUGGCCUUAUUUGACUACGACCCCUGGGAAAGUUCGCCGAAUAUGGACAGUGACGCUGAACUGGCCUUUCGUUCGGGUGACAUCAUUUAUGUUCUAGGAGACAUGGAUCCAGAUGGAUUCUACUACGGCGACCUGCAAGGAAGACGAGGUUUGGUCCCGUCCAAUUUCCUGCAGCCGCUACCUUGGGAUUAGAAUAUGAUCUGGUUUGCUAGCUAACACACACCGAGAUACACGUCACCAUUUUAUAUCCAAAUGCUCCGUUUUUAAUUCAUUAGCAAUGGCUAAUGAAGUCCAAAUGAAUUA